UGCUAUAUGUAAUCGGAGAUUCGCGCUGUGAGGAGACAGUGCAUGAAGUGAACUGACCCGGACAAUGCUAGUCUUUCUGGGGUCCGUGCUGGCACUGUCGAUAUCCUUCCUUCUCUUGGUAGUUAUGGCUGCACCUUGCAUCAGGAAAUAUAUCGCAGGAGGAGUGUGCAAGUCUACAGUGAAGCUGAUUGGGAAAGUGGCUGUGAUCACAGGGGCCAACACUGGCAUAGGGAAGGAAACUGCCAAAGAUCUUGCACAACGAGGUGCCAGAGUCAUCCUUGCUUGCAGAGACAUGGCAAAAGGAGAAGCAGCUGCCUGUGAAAUCCAAACCACAACUGGAAACCAGCAUGUUAUUGCGAAAAAGUUAGACUUGGCAGACUCUAAGUCUAUUCGGGAAUUUGCAGAGAAUUUCCUAAGAGAUGAGAAAGAGCUCCACAUCCUCAUUAACAAUGCAGGGGUGAUGAUGUGCCCCUACUCCAAGACAGCAGAUGGUUUUGAGAUACAGCUGGGAAUUAAUCACUUUGGGCACUUCCUUUUAACAUUUUUAUUAUUAGAGCGCCUGAAGCAAUCUGCUCCAGCUCGCAUAAUAAAUGUAUCAUCACUUGCUCAUCGUGCUGGGAAGAUUCGUUUCCAUGACCUUCAGAGUGAGAAGAGCUACAACCGGGGCUUGGCUUAUUGUCAAAGCAAACUGGCCAAUAUUCUGUUUACCCGAGAACUGGCCAAGCGGCUGCAAGGCACUGGUGUCACUGUAAAUGCUUUGCAUCCAGGCUCUGUAAGGACUGAAUUGACCCGUCAUAUAACUAUAAUUAAUAGUCUCUGGUCAAUGAUACAUUUCUUCUUGAAGACACCACAAGAAGGAGCUCAGACCAGUGUGUAUUGUGCAGUUGCAGAGGAGCUACAGUCUGUAAGUGGGAAGUAUUUCAGUGACUGUAAGCCAGCGUAUGUCUCAGCAGAAGGCCGUAAUGAAGAAACAGCAAUACAACUUUGGAAAGUCAGCUGUGAACUCUUAGGCAUCACGUGGGACUGAAUUAUGAAGUAUCCUUUGUUGUAGGUUUUCCAGAACAAGCUGAAGAAUCCAACAAUGAAGCCUCCUUAAACAGAUGCUUAUUUCAGUUAAUGCAAACAGAGGAUAGUGUUGCCCAUAUGAUAAAUAGGGCACACAACUGGUCAUUCUGUCCAAAACAAUGCCUCACCAAGAGAUCACUACUAAAUUUCUGCAUUAUUGUACAAAAGAAAAUAUUCUUGAAGAGGCAAGAAUUACGAGGCACUCUAUACUUUCAGGACUCUUCAAGUCUUUCAAUCUCCUAAUGAAUUACGAAGGCACUAUGUUGCAAGCAAAAAAUCCAGACCAACAAAGCCUGCUAUUCUCUUUGCUGGAAAUUUCUUCAUCAGAUCUAUUAUUAAGCUUUGAAAAGCAACUCAAUUAGCCUUCAGAAAACAUGGAGAGAGUCAACUGAUGCAUGCAAAAUACAGAACACUCAUGACAGCUACAAGGAAACAGAUAAAGAUGAUAAGCUGGAAACUUCCUGAAGUCAGGCUAUCCUGGUAUGUGUCAACUAGCAACAGAAACAUGUUCCAAGAAAAACAUUUCAACAUACUUCUGUCUUUCCCAUCACAACACCAAAUAUCUUGUUAAUGAUUUGCCAAAAGCAGCACAGCAGAGAAGAAACUUCUGCACCAUCACAGUUGCCGCAGCCUCUUGAUAUAUAUUUCAGACAACUCCCACCCCGAUGCACACUGUAUUCAUGCUGAAGAGGCAACCAAUAACUGUAAAAUCUAUUUCAGAACAUAAAAGGAAUGAAGAGA